GUUAAUAAAGAAAGUCCUACAUCUCAACAGACAAAUGUAGAACCUAUAGUUAGUAAAAAGGCCUCGAAAAAGCGCGGGAAAAAUACCAGUGGCGAUCAAACCUCCCCUUUAACUCAACAGAAUCACAAGGAGCCUUCAUCAAAGAACAAAUCACCCGCUAAAAAGCGCGUAAAGAAAGAUAUUAUUGAUCAAGCCACGUCUCCAACACAAACAUUACAACAGGAUACUGAGACUUCGUUAACUAAAUCACGAUUAAAGAAAAGCAGUAUUGAUCAAGCCACGCCUCCGUCUCUACAGGAAAAUAACGCGCACUCAUCAAAUAAAAAAGUGUCAAAAAAGAAAGAUGUAAAGGAAAGUGUCAUUGACCAAGUUACGCCUCCGUCUCCACAGAAAAAUUAUGAGCCACCAUCAAAUACCAACAUCGUUCAAGCUAUGUCCUCGUCUCCGUUUGAAAACAAGCCUUCAUCAAAUAAAAAAUCAUCAAUAAAGAAGGAUAUAAAGGAAAGUAUCAUUGAUCAAGCUACACCUCCGUCUCCACAGAAAAAUAACGAGCGUCCGUCAGAUAAAAAAUCACCCGUUGAGAAGCGCAUCGAAGAAAGCAGCAGUGUUCGGGCUACACUUCCGCUUCCACAGGAUAUUAAAGAGCCUCCAUUACCUAAAAAAUCUCAGACAAAAAAGAGCGUCAGGGAAAGCAGAGUCUCGUCAUCUUCACAGGAAAAAAUGGACAUUAACGACCUCAACAGAAAAAAAUCGUCUUUAUUAUCUCGAAAGAACGAUAUCAAACCGAUGUUACCACCCGAAGUUCUAAUAGAGCGACAACUUCAGGAUGAAGCGAAUAUUGAAGAAAUCUGGUCAACUUAUUUGCAAUUAGAAGCGACCAGUAAGAUCACAUUAUUGAAGAGGGAAAAUUUUAUUGCAAUUAUAAAUCAAAUUUUAAAAAAUUAUAAUUCAGAUUUGGCCCCCCAAAGAAUAUCCAAAGUUCUCGAAGACAUGAAAUUAUGCAAAUAUUCAAUCUGGCAGGAUGAAAAAAAUAUAGUAAUAGAAAUAUAUUUGUGCAAUGGAAACUUGAAAGAUGCCCGGACAUUAUUCGACGAAAUUCAUAAAGCUAAGGUUGAAACACAAUCUGAUAAUCCAUUUACUAAGGCAGCUAAUUUGAUGAUUGAAGCUUAUGGAAAAGAAAAAGAUCUUAACCAAGUAGAAGAGAUUCUAAAAAUAAUGAAAAGCAAAGAGAUUCUCGCCGAUGUAAAUACAGACAAGGCCUUAAGAAAAGUUGUUUUGAAUAAUAUGGGAAAUGGAUCCUCAUCGUGGUUUGAUCAAUUAGUAAUUCGCCAACUUGUGAAUUCUGUUCUAGCGAGAGAAAUAUGCGUAGAAUUUGCUAAAAUUGGAAAAUUCAAUGAGGCUCUUGAAUUAUAUGUAAACAUGAAAGCAGUGAACAUGCAGCUGGAACUUGAUGAUUUUUUGAAGAUUAUCAAUGAAAUGAAAAAGGCAAAUCAUGAAAAAGAAGCAUUGGACAUGAUCGAUGAAUUGGUCUCUUCAAAAUUGAUCUUAAAUCAAGAAGCAUUAGGUAUAAUUUCUGAUUUAUAUCUAGAAACUAUAAGUCUAGAGAAAGCUUACGAUUUUCUUAUUGGAUUGAUAAAAAGAGGAUAUAACUUGGAUAUUAGAUUUUUCAAUAAAUUAAUUCAGCAAUAUGCAAGACUUGGAAAAGUUAAUUCAACUCUUUCACUUGUGACCAGGAUGAAAAGCGUUGGAAUUCUACCUGAUUUUGAUACUUAUACUUCGUUGCUUGAAUUAUUCAUAAAG